AUGGCAUUGGCAUCGAGACUAGCGAUAUUGGUCGGUGGCAUAGGCGGUCUCGGCUCCGUUACAGGCAAACUCCUCCACUCCCAAGGCGCCAAACUCGCCCUCCUAUACGCCCCCUUCGAAAAACAAAAAGUCACCCCAACCCUCCAAGAAAUCUACAACCAAGACGGCCCCUCCCCUGACAUCAGUACCUACGAAUGCGACAUAACCUCAGCAGACUCCGUCACUGCAGCCUUCGCCUCCAUCUCCAAAGACAAUCAUGCCUUUCCCAGCAUCCUCGUCAAUACAGCCGGCUAUGUGAACCUCCAACCCUUGGAAUCAUUCCCUGUAGAUGAUAUUCUUAGGCAUUACAUGGUCAACCUCCAUGGCCCAACAUUGACAGGUCAAGCCUUUGCGAAGCUCUACUUCGCCGCUUCCAAGAUCGCUUCUGAUGCCAACCGUCCCGUCCCAGGAGGCCGUAUCGUGAACAUCGCCUCGCAAGCCGCUCACAUUGCCCUCCGCCACCACGGGCCUUACUGUGCCUCGAAAGCUGGCUUGAUUGGGCUGACGAAAUGUAUGGCGUCUGAGUGGGGUCCUAGGGGUAUCACUGCGAACUCCAUCUCGCCAGGACCUGUAAUGACAGAGUUGGGGAAGAAAGCUUGGGGUGAUCCGCAAGUCGCUGCUGAUUAUCUGGCUGCUGUGCCGACAGGACAGUUCGCUGAGCCGGAGGAGGUGGCGAGGAUUGUGGACUUUUUGGUCAAGGAUGAGGCGAGGAAUACCAAUGGGGCUGAUGUCAGAUUAGAUGGGGGGUUUACGGUGAGGUAG